CGGUGGCCGGAUUCAGCCUCCUGCCCGGCGGGGCUCUCUGCUGUUUGCGCGUCUCCCGGUGGCGUUCCUCUUCCCCGCACACCUCUGCCGACGAUGAGGAAAGGUCUGCGGGCGACAGCGGCCCGCUGCGGACUGGGACUGGGAUAUGUGCUGCAGAUGCUUGUGUUACCUGCCCUGGCCCUGCUCAGCGCCAGCGGCACUGGCUCGGCCGCUCAAGAUGAUGACUUUUUUCAUGAACUCCCAGAAACCUUUCCAUCUGAUCCACCUGAGCCAUUGCCACACUUCCUCAUUGAGCCUGAAGAAGCUUACAUAGUGAAGAACAAGCCUGUGAACCUGUAUUGUAAAGCAAGCCCUGCCACCCAGAUCUACUUCAAGUGUAACAGUGAAUGGGUUCAUCAGAAGGACCACGUAGUAGACGAGAGAGUAGACGAAACGUCUGGUCUCAUUGUGAGAGAAGUGAGCAUUGAGAUUUCACGCCAGCAAGUGGAGGAACUGUUUGGGCCUGAAGAUUACUGGUGCCAGUGUGUGGCCUGGAGUUCAGCAGGCACCACGAAGAGUCGGAAGGCAUAUGUGCGCAUUGCCUAUCUACGGAAGACAUUUGAGCAGGAACCCUUGGGAAAGGAAGUGUCCCUGGAACAGGAAGUCUUACUCCAGUGUCGGCCACCUGAAGGGAUCCCAGUAGCUGAGGUGGAGUGGCUAAAGAAUGAAGACAUAAUUGAUCCUAUUGAAGAUCGAAAUUUUUAUAUUACUAUUGAUCACAACCUGAUCAUCAAGCAGGCCCGGCUCUCAGACACAGCAAAUUAUACCUGUGUUGCCAAAAACAUUGUUGCCAAGAGAAAAAGCACCACGGCCACUGUCAUCGUGUAUGUUAAUGGUGGUUGGUCCACUUGGACAGAGUGGUCUGUGUGUAACAGCCGCUGUGGACGAGGAUAUCAGAAACGUACGAGAACCUGUACCAAUCCAGCCCCACUCAAUGGUGGGGCCUUCUGUGAGGGGCAGAGUGUGCAGAAAAUAGCAUGCACUACAUUGUGCCCAGUGGAUGGCAGGUGGACAUCAUGGAGCAAGUGGUCAACCUGUGGGACUGAAUGCACCCAUUGGCGCAGGAGAGAGUGUACGGCUCCAGCACCCAAGAAUGGGGGCAAAGACUGUGAUGGCCUGGUCCUGCAGUCCAAGAACUGCACUGAUGGGCUAUGCAUGCAGGGAUUCAUUUACCCCAUUUCAACUGAACACAGAACCCAGAAUGAAUAUGGAUUUUCUUCUGCUCCUGACUCAGAUGAUGUUGCGCUCUAUGUUGGGAUUGUGAUCGCUGUCACUGUUUGUCUGGCGAUCACUGUUGUAGUGGCCCUGUUUGUCUACCGGAAGAACCACCGUGACUUUGAGUCUGACAUCAUUGAUUCCUCAGCACUCAAUGGCGGCUUUCAGCCUGUGAACAUCAAGGCUGCCAGACAAGAUCUCCUGGCAGUGCCCCCGGAUCUCACUUCAGCUGCAGCCAUGUACAGGGGACCUGUCUAUGCUCUGCAUGAUGUCUCAGACAAAAUCCCAAUGACCAAUUCUCCAAUUCUGGACCCACUGCCCAACUUGAAAAUCAAAGUGUACAACACCUCAGGUGCUGUCACCCCCCAGGAUGACCUCUCUGAGUUCACAUCCAAGCUGUCUCCCCAGAUGACCCAAUCCUUGUUAGAGAAUGAGGCUCUUAACCUGAAGAACCAGAGUCUUGCGAGACAGACUGACCCAUCCUGCACAGCAUUUGGCACCUUCAACUCGCUUGGGGGUCACCUCAUCAUUCCUAACUCAGGAGUAAGCUUGCUGAUUCCCGCUGGGGCCAUUCCCCAAGGGAGAGUCUACGAAAUGUAUGUGACUGUACACAGGAAAGAAACUAUGAGGCCCCCCAUGGAAGAGUCUCAGACCUUACUGACCCCUGUGGUGAGCUGUGGGCCAUCUGGAGCUCUGUUGACCCGCCCUGUCAUUCUCACUCUGCAUCAUUGUGCAGACCCCAACACUGAAGACUGGAAGAUCCAGCUCAAAAACCAGGCAGUGCAGGGACAGUGGGAGGAUGUGGUGGUGGUGGGAGAGGAAAAUUUCACAACCCCCUGUUACAUUCAGCUGGAUGCAGAGGCUUGCCACAUCCUCACAGAGAACCUCAGUACCUAUGCCCUGGUUGGGCAGUCCACCACCAAAGCAGCCGCCAAGCGCCUGAAACUGGCCAUCUUUGGGCCCCUCUGCUGUUCUUCCCUGGAGUACAGCAUUAGAGUCUACUGCCUGGAUGACACACAGGAUGCACUAAAGGAAGUUCUACAGCUGGAGAGGCAGAUGGGAGGACAACUCCUAGAAGAACCGAAGGCUCUUCAUUUUAAAGGCAGCAUCCACAACCUGCGCCUGUCGAUUCAUGACAUCGCCCAUUCCCUCUGGAAGAGCAAAUUGCUGGCUAAGUAUCAAGAAAUUCCAUUUUACCAUAUCUGGAGUGGCUCUCAGAGAAACCUCCACUGCACCUUCACCCUGGAAAGACUCAGCCUAAACACUGUGGAGCUGGUUUGCAAGCUCUGUGUGCGUCAAGUAGAAGGAGAAGGCCAGAUCUUCCAGCUCAACUGCACUGUGUCAGAGGAACCGACUGGCAUCGACUUGCCUCUGCUGGACCCUGCGGGCUCCAUCACCACUGUCACAGGACCAGGUGCUUUCAGCAUCCCUCUCCCUAUCCGGCAGAAGCUAUGCAGCAGCCUGGAUGCCCCCCAGACAAGAGGCCAUGACUGGAGGAUGCUAGCCCAUAAACUCAACCUGGACAGGUACUUGAAUUACUUUGCCACCAAAUCGAGCCCAACUGGCGUGAUCCUGGAUCUUUGGGAAGCACAAAACUUCCCAGAUGGAAACCUGAGCAUGCUGGCAGCUGUUCUGGAAGAAAUGGGAAGACACGAAACAGUAGUGUCCUUAGCAGCAGAAGGGCAGUAUUGACCAUACUGGAACUGAAAUUGAGGGACAAAAUUACACAGGGAGUCUGUGUCCAGGGGAACCACAGCUGAGGAGGAAAUCCAGAUGGGACCAAGGCGCUUUUCAGGCAAGAUGGCAGCAGGAAAGGUGGGGGACAGGUACAACCACCAAGGUACAUGCCCACUUCAUUCGGACAGCACCACCAUGGGAGUUAAGAAAAAUUUGUGUAAAUUUGUACCUUGAAUUUAGAAAUCAAUCUAAUUUUCUCUUCGUUGGGCUGUAUGCUGUAUGGUACAGGAUCUUACAGUUUCCUAGGAAACGCUUUUUAUUGCUAUCCAGAUGUAUGGAUAAACUUUCUUAACAAACCCAAUUUCUACAAACGUUGUUUACAUCAAAUUGGACAGGGAUACAGACACUGUCCAUGGCUUGUUCUAUUUUUGUUCCAAUCAUUUGAAGUUGAAGCUGUGGACGGUUUGUUGAGUCUAUUUCAGAUUAGUAAUUUACAGAGAAAUCACAGACUUUUGCUACAAAUCAUGUACAUCAAGUGUCUCAGAUAAUCCUCCCAUCAGUGUUCUGUUUCUGAAACUUGUCGGACCAGUGUUGGCAUUUUUAUCAGGGAAGUGGAGACUCUAAAAGGAGGAAUUACCAAGAUUCCUUAUGCCAUGGGGGAACCCAAUUGGUAUCCUUUGGGAACAGAGCUGCAGCGUUGCAGGGAAGACAGUGAUCACGUACCUCCACACAAACAUUUCAGUACCACAUGUGUUUGUAAUAUGCUAUUUCAAGUGUUUUUUAAAAAUAGUAUCAUUGUUAUUGAUGAGUAUUACAAAUAUUCUAGUAAAAAGAUUUUCUUUUUGUUUUAGUUAGCAAUACUGUUAGUAUUUGGUAUUGACUAGACCUGCCUCCCUCUCCUGCAUAAAGAGGUGGGCGUGGUCACCAGUUUAGUUCAAUAGGCUUUGCUUCCUUAACCUUUGAUCUACCUUUCUGUGGUGUUGGAGACUGAAAUGCUCACUGGCUAUGUCUGCUCGUGCAGCUUGCUCAGGCAGUCUUUCUGUUCUGGGUCUUAUCAUGAAGAGGGUUCUCUAUGUAAAGCUCAUUUAAUCUUCUGGCUAUCUAUCUGAGAGGCAGUGUGGUUUGUGGGCAAUAGCUCCUGAACUAGGAAUCAGGGAGCCAAUUAUCAUUCUAGAGUUGCUCGCUGACCAUUGACCUUGGGGAAAACAUUGAAACUCACUGUAGCUCAUUUUACUUAUCUAUAAACUAUGGGGUGAGAUCUGAUCAUCUUAAGAUUCCAGAAUGCUAAACUCCCAUUGUGAUGCCAUCAGUCUUAUUCAUCAAUUUGACGAUUAUAAGAGAUUCUAGCCUGGACCAUUCAUCCAGCCAGCCUUUUGCUGGAAUACAUUGCAUCUUUCAGGCAGUAUUGACUUGAAAAGGGGAUUACUUCAACAUGCAUAUAUUUGUUUGGCUCUCUUGUCUUUGUAUCAUGGUUGCAUGAUGCUGUUCACUGAGAAAUGACAUCUUUUUAUUAUCAUUGUGUUGUCCUCUGUGGGCGGAAGGCUACACUCCAGCCUUCCAACUAGUUAUAAAUCUACUUUACUCAUUUAUUGAUCUCUGGAUCUCAAGACCAUUUCUACAAAAUACCCACGCAGCUGAAGAAAUUGGUACAUUUUUUUCUUCCUUCAUUAAUCUUUGCUUUAAUAAUAUUCAGUUGUGUUUACAGAGUUUAAUUAGCUCUUUUAUCCUACAAAAUGUUAGUUGUGGAAACUAUGAGUUUUCCUUGGAACCAUCACCGCUUCUUUUAAUAUAGGACCUCCAUUCAGCAGAUGGAGAAUGAAAACUUAGCAGCCCCAGUCAGUUAGACAAACAGGGAGCACCCAUGUCCUUAAACCAGAGCCUUCAAAAUAUUACUGUGGCUUCCUCUGGGGAUGGCAGUAUCCAGUACGCAGAAUAGAUUCCAAUUAGAAGUCAUUUUGCCCAUUUCCUCUCCUAUUCCUGUUAGUUCUUGAUCUUCUCUGACUCUUCCGUCUUCGUCAUUAAAGAACUGUAGAUACAGUUGUGGAGGCUCAUCAUUCAUGCUGUUCAUCUUCUCUUUUAGAUAUGUAGUCUACAAUCUCAUUCUCUAACCAUUAGAAUAUCCACAUGUAAAACUCCUGGUCAAGGGGAAUAUUGUACUCCUAAACAAGUUCAGUGGCUGAUGUCUAUAACAAUCAGUUUGUUUUAACAUUUAAGAAUUUAGACAGGUAUUCUUAAAAAGCAAGAGGAAGAAAGAAUUGUCCACUGCUGCCUCUUGAAACAAAUAUGAAGAUUCCUCUUCAGUACUGGGAUUUGGGAAUCAUUAUAGAAAUCAAAACCUAGAGAUCUGGCCUGGAUGUUUUGUGUAACUUCAAUGCUUUGUAAAAAGUAGAGAGGAGAAAAAUGUGUUACCAUUCUGGUUAAUCUAUCCUAAAAACUGCUAAAUCACCAACAGAAACAUUGAAUAUAAGCAGAACAACAUUGUUGACGCUUUUGAAGCUACUCUGUUCAAGUAUCUAAAGAUACUUGCUUUUUGAUUCAGUUUCUCACAACAGGGAUAGGAAGAACGACUGAUCUCUUAUGAGGUACUCAUUGUCAUAAAACUACUUUCUAUCAUGUGAAUGAUAGUUUCCAAACUACAACGUGUAUGUGUGGUAUUUUCCUUUGGAGAAAAGUAAUAGUAGUUAGAUCACCGCUCUCCAACACACAAGGCUCACCUGACGCAGCUCAUUUCAGAGGGAGUAACCUUGUUACCUCUGUGGCAUGUCGGCCUUCCACAAAGCCUGAGGAAAGCGGUACUUGAUGCCCUUGGGUAGAAAAAUAAUCAUUUGUGUAUGGUGCCAUCUAGUGGCCUGCCACAUAGUUACUCGGCUUCAUAUACAGCUUACUAAAAGUUGACAAAGCAAGUAACAGUUUGACAGGAGAUUUGUGACAAAUAGACAUGGGGAGAUUUUCCUUUCAAGUGUUUACUUUCCUUAUUGUAAUAUUCAUUCAGUUAAAUCACCCAUUUCAAAAUUUUAUGAGUACAUCAUCUACUUGUUCAUACAUAAAUUACUUUCUUGUAACAGACAUGAAAUCUUUAUAAGUGGUUGAAAGUUGUCUUUUUAUUUAAGAAUCCCAUUGGGCUUUGCAUAUGUGAAAUCUUUUAGUUCCAAAAUACUACUUUUUAGAAACAUAAACUGUAUACAUUAAGGAGGUAACCCCAUCACACAGCUACACACACACACACACACACACACACACACACACACACACACACAGCAUCUCCUUGAGGGUUUUGAGAUAUAUUCUUGCUAGGUAUCCCAGGACAGCCUCAAAUCCAUAAUCCUAUUCCCAUAGGUUCUCCAGUAUUGAAACAUUAAGCAUGUACCAUUACCCCUCCUUUUCAAAGCUUUGUGUUUGUAAAUGAGAAUCCUGUGUCUGUGGAAAGGGAAAUUGUGGCUGUUGAUUAAGAAGAAUGACCUUCAGAUCAUGCUGAUCUUCUGAGAUUAUGAAUGUCAAGGAAGAGGCUUCAUGUUCUCAUUUUUUUCUCAUGAUAUUAAUUCAAAUUGACUUGAUAGCUGAGUACAAGGUGACGACAAGCAUGUGUCAAGGAACUCACAGCCAAACAUCUUCAAAGCAGACACAUUACCUCUGCUAUACAAAGGCUCCAUCUUCACCUGAGCAAAUUUUCAUCUCUUUGAGGAAAAGAUCUUUGGGGGAUGAGAGAUCCAGGAUCAAACUGUAUUAUUAGCUAUUUUCAUUUAUGCUAUGAUUUUUAAUCAUUUUUAAAUCAUUCCACUAUCAAAGAGUAGAGACUUUUCUUUAGGGAAAAGUCACAAUGACUACAUUUAGGGUCCUCUGGAUUUCUAGAGUUCAGAUACCAGACAUUCAGUGGUUUUAAAGACAUUUUUCCUAAAAUAAAUUGAAAAGGGAACAUUCAGAGGGUGGGAUCUGGACACGCCACUUCUGGAGAAAAGCAGGCAGGCUCUUGUCUUACAUCUCCACGUGUCUCUGUGGAGGACCCGGCAGGCAGCUGUGCUCUUGGGUCCCUCCACCUCCAUAGUCACAGGAUGAAGGGAGCUUCCAAGAAUGAUGUUCUGUCCCAGAAUCCAGCCAGCCAUCCAAUCCAUGCUCUGGGGCUAUGCCAUGUAGAACCAACUGAAGAAGUUGUGAUGAAAGUAGAAAGAUUUACUUGUUUUGAGUCUCCAAGAUGAACAAGAGUUUGUUCGAGCUGAGCAAUUGCUCUGGACAAGUAAUCCAUUCGUAUGGCAAUGUUGGUGGAAGUCCAAGGCCAGUGGCAGAAAGGAGGACUGCAGAAACACAGUGGGGGUGGAAUGAGGCUUGAGACAUCUUUUUUGAGAAGCUUUGCUAAUCAGAACAUCAUUGUUCAAACCAGUCACUUGUAAAGAUGAUAAUGGCCAAUGAGCAUCUUAUUUUAUAGAUCCAAAAGGAAAAAUAUUUUUAUUAUUAUCUCGUUAAUAAAACUGGUUUUGCCUUCCGAGUGCCUCGUGGGACCAACUAUCUUAUUCCUUUAGUUUUGUAUUGGUUUUGUAUUUUUAAGUAUACUGAGCUGACAUUGACUGAAAACCUUAUAACUCUCCUUCUGUGCAAUGAAAUGCCAUUUCUCUGCCCUCAAGAGAUCCAUUUGUGUCACCUCUGUUUAUCACCUUGACAGGUCCCCUAAAAUGUUUUUGAUGGAAUGGGGACUACAGGGAAUAUAUACAUUAUAACCAAUACUAAUUUAAGUUUAUGGUCAUGUAGGCUACAUAAAUGUUUCCAAAUCUUGACAACUAAGUUCAUUUUUUAAAAGAGUGGAGAAGGCCUGCAUGUACCUGGGUAGAGUAUCUCUUCAAACUAACAAUGCAGCUAUGGAUCCUUUGGUAUUAUUGGACAGAUGGUUGCCCCCAUCCUUUUUUUUUUUUUUCUGAAAACUUACUGUGAUAGUCUUCAGAAAGUCCAGUGGGCUUGACUGUUUCCUUUAUUGAGCUGUGGUGGGAUAUUAAUGUGGCUCAUUCAACCAAAGGUGUUUUCUGCCAGAGGCCUAUUUAAAUGUGGUUGGGGAGGUAUCCUCAGGACAAACACACUCCAUAAACAUAAUAGCAGGCAAACCCAAUGGGAUGUAAGAUGCUACCUGAAAGUCUUCAGUAUACUCAACUAUAUACUGAAGGGAUCUGUCCCGGGAACUUCCAAAAUCCUAAAUUGGAAGUCCCCACCAUAUAUGGGACAGUCAUGGCUCAACCCACUGGUUGGUCAAUACAAAACCAGGGAGUGUGUGAGAUACAGCUGUCCACCAACCAUGCUAUUUGCUAUGGCACAACAGCUUUUUCUAUAUUAUUUGAGAAUUCGUGCUAUGGCAGAAUCAUAAAUUGCAGGCGACAGUACUGUUGGGCCCAUUUUAAAAAGCUUAAACUCUGUGUCAUCUAUAUAUACCAAAGGCCUAAUGCCACGGAGCCUGGUGACACCCAGCAGUGGUGACUGUGAACUGUCGGCUGGUUGUACUGAUCAGUAGCCUAAGGGUGAUGAGCUCUUGGCCUUUGAUCUUCACUCAGCACUAUGAAGUGGUGACAUCAAAGCAUCAUGAUGAGCUCUAUGCUGUAUGUUAAACCAGUUUUAAGACAGCAUACAAAGCAAGGGAUCCACAGCCAGUAGAAAAAUGCCUUUGCCGUUUUUAUGUUCCUCCAGUCAUUAAUAGGACCUAUAACUGUACACAUAUGGAUUCUCAUAUUUUUCUUCAGAUCUUGGAAAAGAAAGAGGAGCCAGUUGAACACAUGACUUGCAUUCCUUCUUUCACUUUUUUCCUAGACCUGCUAUGAGUAGUGAUGCCCUCACCCUCCAGCCAAUGUGUUUAGCCAAGUUGCAGGGAAUAUUAUCACUGUGUGUGCACUUGCGUGUGUGUUGGAUGUCACAGUGUUGUGUGUAUUGAGCUUAAUAUUGAGCUGUAGGGAACCAGUAACCUUCCUCUUUGUUCUAAAGAUGAAAACCAAUAUUCAUCAGAAAACAAUCCCCAGCUUUCUGCCAAAGGAAGGCUGGGUCACCCUUGGGCUGUCUUCUUUGGACCAGCUCAACUUCAUAAGUAUCAGGUUGAAAUUUUAUGCUUUGUCAGUUUUUCUUUAUGGUUUUAGCAAAACAACACCACCUUGGCUUCUCAGACAUGGAACACUCCUUUGUUACAGAAUUCUGUCUUGCUGUAUCUUCUAUGCAAAUCCUUUUCUAAUGACCCCUGGUGGCAGAGGAGUGCUCUCCAGCAUUCCGCCCAUCGCCUUGCUGUGUGGUGGAGGUGAGGGACACCAGCUUUGGGUGUGCCUCUUUUCUCUCCCCAGUUGCCUCACCCAAUUUCCCUGCAGUCCCCUUGGUUUGUAAAUUGCCUGCAUUUAUUCUGUCAGCCAACAUGUACAAAAUGUAAGAAAGAAUUUUUAAACAGGUAAUAAAUUAUAUUUAUAAGCAAUAGA